GCGCUCGUCUAUGCCAUUUCAUGGCGCCACACGCAUCAGCGAGCCGUCGUGAUGCACUCGAUUCGCAUAGCCAUCCCGGCGCUCAUGUUGAUGAUGAUCAACAGGAUGCAGAGCUGGUUGCUCGAGCAGAUCGGGCACCGGGACUCCCAGCAGCUUCUUCAGAUGACCGGGUUGACUCCAAAGCACGUCGUGGACGGGGUGGUGGAGUACACCCUCUCGCUGGCCCUGGUUUACGUGGUCAUGGUGUCCAUGCUCUUCUUCGUUUGGCACGUGGCUGCAGAGAAGCAGUCGGGCUUCCGACACCUUCUCCAUGUCAGUGGGCUCUCGCGUGGAGCGUAG